CGCACGCAGGCACACACAUACACAAAUGCCAGAGUAUGAUUAUAAUUAGCUGUGGAGAGAGUGGGAGGAGGCAGAGGUCUCUCUAUCCUGCGCUCUAACUGUAUAGUCAAUCCCUCUCCCACCAUUCAGCCACAGCUCUGACUGAACUGUGUUGUUGUCAGUGAUUUUCCUCAACAUCCUCGUCGCUAUACUUACAGUUUUGUAGUAACACUGCGAGCCAACUGAUUUUGUUAAACCCAGAGGACUACUUGUGUGUGUGUUUGGACAACUUGGUCUAUUUUUACGCAUGGAAACAUCGGUGAUAUUCCAGGAGUGACAACUGGGCGGACGGGAGCUCUGAACAAACGACGCAAAAAAUCCUGAAUUUGUUGACUUAUACUGAAGAUAAUUAGAGCUGUCUGCAGUCCUCGUCGCUGAAGCCAUGUUUUCCAAGGCCACUGCCAACUUCGUUCGUCAGAUUGACCCUGAGGGAAGCCUCAUCCACGUGUCCAGAUUGAACGACUCCCAAAAACUGGAUCCCAUGGCACUAGUCGUCAAACGAAACCGCAUCUGGUUCUGGCAGAGGCCGAAGUACCAACCAACAGAUUUCACCCUAAGCGACUUGUUGCAGGGCGACGAGGUGCUUACUCCUGGAGUGUCUGGGGCUGAAUUCCUGUCCUACAAUGGGACCUAUGGAGACCAACUCCAUGGGAAACUGGAAGCCGAGGCUGGCCCUGCUAGUGUGGCAUUGGAGGGGCGGGGUGCUGUCAAGCUCCAGUCAUGUUUUGGCAAGCUGAGGAAAGAGGAACUGGAUGUGAAGAAGCUGUUACGCGACUCCAGUGGCAGGCUGGUGGACAUGCAGCACGUGCUGGUGCAGCAGCUGGAGAAGCGGGCUGAGGUGCUGGCAGUGGUGAAGGAGAGGAUCCUCACCACCAGCACCUGCACCGUCAGCCAGACAAAAAAGGAGGACUGCACCUUUCAGGGGCUAAUGGGCAUGCUGGGGAGCCGUGUUAAGGUGUGUGUGAAGGACAGCAACAACAUUGAGGUGGACAGUGAUGUUUCCUUGGAGAUCCCUUCUGGUACGGUCAUUGCAUACAGCAUCCUGGAACUGGAGAUUAAGAAAAGCGGACACUAUGAGAUAUGCCUACAACCUGGCAAAAUUGGAGGCUUUGAGGCUGAUAUGGUUAGGACCUGGUCUCAAGAUUCCUUGAAUAAAGUGGACGGAAGGUGCUAUGAUGAGAGCGUUCCAGAAAAAAUACCUUUCAGUACGCUGCAAAAUGGAUCAGAGGAGAUGGAUCUUUCUGCGCUGGCAGAGUUUCCCCAGUCAACUCGACGUGCCUUGUUCCUGAAACUCCAAGAGACUCUGAGGGACAAUGUGGCUCUGACAUAUCUGCAGAGUUAUCUGGAGGAGGAGUUGUAUACCGAUGAAACACUCAAUAUGGAAAAGCAGGAGGAGGAGCUGUCAGAGAGUCAAAGAAAACUGAUAUCAGCCAUACUGGACUAUAUUGGCACAGGCGGUCACAAUGAGAACAGCCAGUCUGGCGGCGCUGCUCGCAUGAAUGCAGCUCACCUGUUGGUCAGUGCCAUGGAAGAGUUGCCUGACAAAACUCUGAGCCUCCUGAGUGAGAGCCACCCUGAUUUUCUGGAGGCCUUCGACACACUGAUGUGCUUGUUAAAGGAGGGCAGACAGCCGCUCCCCAUCCAGUCUCUUCCUGUCCAGCUGCAGGACAACCAGACCUUCCAGCUGGCAGAGCAGCUGCUUAGCUCCAUCAAUGUGACCCUGAGGAGAGACACCGACUGGCUGCGGGCAGAGACAGAAGAUGAACAGGGAGUGCUCACAUCGCUCCUCUGCCUCAGCGUACAUGGAUUAUUUUUGCUGUGCAGCGGGCAAAACUAGGCAUGUCUGCUUGCGCAUUUUUCUUCUUUCAUUGUGGAUUAUGCUCUACCUGUUUCUUUCUUUAUUGUUAAAUUUAUUGGGAUUAAGCUUUCUAUGGAUUUUGCAUAAAAUAUUUUUAUUGUUAUAUUACUUUCAUGUUGUUUAAUUGUUACACUAUGAUCAGAUGAUAGUGUUAUAUUAUUUUUCUUACAUAAUUUUUGUUACUUAAAGCAAGCACUUACAUAUUUUUGUAAAAAAAAAAAAAGAAAUAUAUAUAUUACGUGGUUAUUUGUGAUACUGUGGCACUGUUCUGGUUCUCACUCUUUUAUUCCUUUUAAACCAUUAAGGAGGUUGGUACUUGAUUAGCACCUUCUAUAAAUCUAUCUUUAAAUAGUUGUUGUUUGGUAUAAAUUCUGUGUCAUUACUUUAUAUGUUUUAAUUUUUUUGCCUACAGUGAAAAUUUGCCUCAUUCAUAAAUGGGUGGAAAAAAAUCUGACUCCGUGCAUCAAGUAAAAAGUGCUUAAGCUGAAAACAAUUGUUAAUACUAUAAGCUCAAGAAAUGUUUAUAUGUCAUUUCAUGUUUUUCAGUGCACAAAAUACUUUUGAUGCACGCCAACGGUACACAAAAUUGGUAACAUUUAAAGCUGUAGUGCAGGUGUUUUCUUUCCAUUCAAAAUUUUUACUUUAAAUGAGGCUACAUGUUAUUACAGCCACUUAUAUUAAACUAAAUAUAUUUAUCAGAUGCAAUAUAUAUUUAACAUUCCCUAAAAUGCUGAUAUUGAAUACUAACAGGCUAUAUUACAGCAUUCAUAAUGCAGUAAUAAGAGAAUGUAAUGAAGUAAUAAUAAUGCAAUAUUGAUGUUUUGAUAUGACAUGUACUUGUACAUGAAGUUUUAUGAAGCUGCUUUUGCCAUGACCUCAUUGUCAUUUUCCAGUUUGUUACUUUGCAUCAUAACUUAUUGUUGUUUGGAAGGACGUGUCUCACUUUAACCUUCAUUAGUACAUUUUGAAAAAUCUGUGCAUUUAAGUGUCUGUCGGUGUCAUUCCUCUUUCAGAAUGUAUCAUUUUAGUGGUAGUGGCAUAUAAAGCUGUCUCCCAAAGAUGAAGCAGUGUGACACAAAAUGAGAAAUCAUAUUUCUCCAUUUUGGAAAUCUUUAAGGAGAAUGUUUACUUUUGAGGUUAAGUCUUGCACUCUGUGUUAAAUAAAAGACUGCAAACUAUUAAACUUUAUUUUCAUUAAAAACUUCA